CCCACAACCCCAGAGAUAUUUACGCGCCAAAACCAUUUCCGUGGCCCAAACUCUCUCCUCUCUGUCUCUCCAACCACUCAGCUUGAGCUUUUCAGAGUCUCAUGGCCGGCACGGGCGCCUCCUUCGCUCCCCACUUAAUCGGGUCCACCGUCCCCGAAUCCUCCAGAACCCUCCGCAGCACCGGAGCCCCAUCCUCCGCUCGACUCUCCACCGGCGCCACCACCCGCGACGACCUCGGCGCCGCCCCCUCCUGCAUCUACGUCGGCCCCAUCGAAACCGCCAGCAAAGAAACCCUCGAAGCCCUCUACCGCCAAGCACGUGAUGCGUACUACAGCGGCGACCCUUUGAUAGUCGACGACAUGUUUGAUAGAGUAGAGAUGAAGUUGAGAUGGUACGGUUCGAAAUGCGUGGUGAAGUACCCUCGUUGCAGUCUCCGGCGACAAUCGGCUUAUGCUGAUGCUGAGGCAGACGUAUCACAGGUUUUUGCAUUAGCGAGCAUAUGGAUACUCUUUCUUGCAUUUGGCAGUGCGUCUUGUCUCAUGCCCAUAAUAUACACCGUUGGCCUGGCCUAUCAAGAUGUAGUCAGUCGGGGACUUCCAUAUGCAAAUCAAGCAGCUGCUCUUUCCAUGCUGAAUGGCGUUCUCUUUAUGACAUUCGGUUCUGUCAUUGGUUUCCCAAUUGCAGCUGCUUCGGUUAAAGUACUUGAAGGGCUAUGGAGGAACGACUUGAUGGCACUCAAAGGAGCAUGCCCCAAUUGUGGGGAGGAGGUGUUUGCAUUUGUGAAAUCAGAUCAGUCUAAUAACUCCCCACAUAGAGCGAAUUGUCAUGUGUGUGAAUGCUUGUUAGAAUUCCGCACCACGGCUGAGAAAUCCCUUUCACCUCUAGGUAGAAGAUGGGUUUAUGGACGUAUCUAUCUUGUUUCAAGAAAAAGUCGAGGCCGACUUCAAAGAAGGGAUUGAGAUGCAUUCUAAAACCUAUGUACAGUAGGAAAAAUUUUCCAGCUCCCUUUGUCCAAUUGUAAUGAGUUUCUUUACCUGAGUAGGAUCAAUUCUUAUGUAUCAGAACAGAAAUAGGAUCAUUCCAUACAUUUGUGACUUAGUGUCAGAGGAAAUGCAUCUCCUAGAAUUGUCAGACGAUUCAGCUACUUAAGUUUGAUGCGUUUUCUACCAAGUUCUGUUGAUUUUUAUCC